AUGCCCGAGCAGCUCAGCGUCGCCGAGUUCCUGGCCAUCACCGCGGAGGACCUCAGCUCUCCGGCCGGGGCUGUGGCCUUCGCCGCUAAGAUGCCCCGGUGCCGGGGGGCGGCGCUGGCGCGGGAGGAGAGCCUGGAAGGAGACCAAGCCAUCCUGCAGAGAAUAAAGAAGUCCGUGCGGGCAAUUCAUAGCUCUGGCCUCGGCCAUGUGGAGAAUGAGGAACAGUAUCGAGAGGCUGUGGAGUCCUUGGGCAACAGCCACUUGUCCCAAAACAGCCACGAGCUGUCCACGGGCUUCCUGAACUUGGCCGUGUUCACUCGCGAGGUGGCUGCACUUUUCAAGAACCUGGUUCAGAACCUGAACAACAUUGUCUCUUUCCCCCUGGACAGCCUAUUGAAAGGGCAACUGAGGGACGGGCGACAGGAUUCAAAAAAGCAGCUGGACAAGGCAUGGAAGGACUACGAAGCCAAAACGGCCAGGCUGGAGAAGGAGAGGGAUCGGGCCAGGGCGACAGGAGGGAGCCCUGGGGAAGUGGCCCAGGACACUCAGAGAGAACGGCGCAUCUUCCAGCUGUACAUGUGUGAGUAUCUGCUCAAAGCUGGGGAGAGCCAGGUGAAGCAAGGUCCUGAUUUUCUGCAGAGCCUCGUCAAGUUCUUCCACGCCCAGCACAACUUUUUCCAAGAUGGCUGGAAAGCUGCUCAGAGCUUGUCUCCCUUCAUUGAGAAGUUGGCAGCCUCAGUACACACACUGCGCCAAGCCCAGGAGGAGGAGUUGCAGAAGCUGACCCAGCUCCGGGACUCCCUCCGGGGGACACUACAGCUCCAGAACAGAGAGGAGACUGUGGGCCGGAAGAACUCAGGAGGUGGCUACAGCAUCCACCAGCACCAGGGCAACAAGCAGUUUGGGACAGAGAAGGUGGGCUUUCUGUACAAGAAAAGUGAUGGAAUUCGAAGAGUCUGGCAGAAGAGGAAGUGCGGGGUCAAGUAUGGCUGCCUGACCAUCUCACACAGCACGAUAAAUCGGCCUCCAGUGAAGCUGACCCUGCUGACGUGCCAAGUGAGGCCAAACCCCGAGGAGAAGAAGUGCUUCGACCUGGUGACCCACAACCGGACGUACCACUUCCAGACGGAGGACGAACAUGAGUGUGAGGCGUGGGUGUCAGUGCUGCAGAACAGCAAGGAUGAAGCCUUGAGCAGCGCCUUCCUCGGAGAGCCGAGCAGUGGCCCAGGGCCCUGUGGGGGUGCUGGGCUGGAUGGGGAACCCCGGGACCUCACAAAGUUGCUGAUUGCCGAGGUGAAGAGCAGGCCUGGGAAUGGCCAGUGCUGCGACUGCGGGGCUCCAGACCCCACGUGGCUUAGCACCAACCUGGGCGUGCUCACCUGCAUCCAGUGCUCUGGUGUCCACCGCGAGCUGGGCGUGCGCUUCUCACGCAUGCAGUCCCUCACCUUGGACCUGCUGGGCCCCUCUGAGUUGCUGUUGGCCUUGAACAUUGGCAACACUCACUUCAAUGAGAUCAUGGAGGCCCAGCUACCCUCGCAUGGCGGCUCUAAACCUUCAGCUGAGAGUGACAUGAGCCCCCGAAGGGAUUAUAUUGUGGCCAAGUAUGUGGAACAUAGGUUUGCCCGCCGGUCCACUCUCGAGCCUCAGAGACUCUGGACAGCCAUUUACAACCGGGACCUUCUGUCAGUACUGGAAGCCUUUGCUAAUGGUCAAGACUUUGGACAGACACUGCCUGGGCCAGACGGACAGGCACCUGGAGAGCUCGCCCUGCACUUGGCUGUCAGAGUUGCCAACCAGGCCUCCCUGCCUCUGGUGGAUUUCAUCAUCCAAAAUGGCGGUCACCUGGAUGCCAAAGCCCCUGAUGGGAACACUGCUCUGCACUAUGCUGCCCUCCACAACCAGCCCGACUGCCUCAAGCUGCUACUGAAAGGGAGAGCUUCAGUUAGCGCAGUGAAUGAGGCAGGAGAGACGGCUCUGGACGUGGCCAGGAAGAAGCAGCACAAGGAGUGCCAGGAGCUGCUGGAGCAGGCCCAGGCUGGGACCCUCACUUUCCCUCUGCACGUGGACUACUCCUGGGGAAUUUCCGUGGAGCCUGGCUCUGACAGUGAGGAGGACGAAGAAGAGAAGCGCUACCCUCUGAAGCUCCCAGCCCAGGCACGCUGGAGCAGUGGGAGACAGGACAUCAGCAACAAGACCUAUGAGGCCAUUGCCAGCCUGGGAUCAGCCACCCCUCGGAGCCAGAAUGAGGAUUUCCCCCCACCCUUGCCUGUCAAAAACCCUUCUCGGACCAUGGUCCAGGGGCGUGUGGGACAUGCCAGUGGAGAUUGUUCUGAAGCCCCCAGCCUGAGCUCGGAGCCCCCUGGGACCCCUGAGAGCCUGAGAAGCCCAGCCUCCUCCUCCUCCAGCCUGACAAGCCCUGUGGAGCCUGGGGGUCCCAGCCAAGCCCUGCCUGGCUCUGAGGAAAGCCUCCAGGAGCCCCUGGGCACCACUCGACCCAGCCUGCUGCCUGGGAACACUCCUGCGGAGAUGUAUCCCCCUGUCAGGUUCAGCUCUGAGAGCACUCGUUCCUAUCGGCGUGGAGGGCGGAACCUGGAAGACAGUCCCUCAGCCCGGCGGCCACUGCCCAGAAGGAACAUGCCGGUCGGCUUCACUGAAGGAGAUGGCUCAAGGACUGGGGUUCUUCCAGCAAGUUCUGUGCAACUUUUACAAGACUAGCUCCUUGCUGGCACCUGCAUGCCUGAACCACCCCCAUGCUGGACCCCACCAUUCAGAGCUGGGACUUGAGGCCACAAGAUAAGGGAACUGGGUCUCACUCUCUCGGCCCCUUGUGCCUCUGUGGCUGGCCUUCCUCCCUCCCAUGGGCUCAUGCCCCUGCCAAGGACACUGGGCCUUCCAUGUAAGGGGUGAUGACAGUUUUCUCCCUUUAUCCCAUUACUGGCCUUCCCCAGGGGCCAGGGAGCCCUAUGGCCAGGUCUGAGUACUCCUGAGUUCACUUCAGCUGCAGAAACCAACUCCCUCAUCAGACCAGAGCUGCGUUUCUUCCAUCAGCCUAGGGGCUCCACAAGGUAUAACCAGCCCUCCUUUUUCAUUUUCCAUAUCCAGACUAAGGACUCUACCAGACUAGGGACUGACUUCUCAGCAAUUUAUUAGUCCAGUAUGUGUUUACUGAGUUCCAGCUGUAUGUCCAGGGCUGUACUAGGCACAGCAGAUGCAACAAUGAGUAAGACAAGGGUCCUACAGGUGUGCUCCGUUGCUGGGAGGCUGGUCCCAGAGUUGAGCUUGGGAAUGGGUAGGGCUAGACUACAGAGGAUGGUUCUGGGCUUAGGGGCAGGGCACACAAUGAGCUGGCUUAUACCAUUUCCCAAUAGCAGUUGUCUAUAGCCCAUAUCAGUUCUGUUUGGUCCACCACAGUCCAUGUUGUUAUUGUUGUUUUUGUAGUAGCUAUUUCAACUCAUGGCAAACUCGUGUGCAGGGUAGAAUUGCUCCGUAGGGUUUUCAAGGCUGUGACCUUUCUGGAGCAGAUUGCCAGGUUUGUCUUCCAAGGUACCUCAGGGUGGGUUCGAACCGCCAACCUUGCAGCUAGUAGACAAGCAUUUAACUGGUUGCACCACUCAGUUGCCUUCUAGCCCAUGCUGGCUAUUAAAUAUUCUGAAUAUCACUCUUGUUGAGGAAUAAUAACCAACCAUCCUGGGACCUCUUUGUACCAUAUUCCCCAGCUAGGAAGUAGGGUGGAACUCACCCCCAUUUGCCCACUCCUUGAUUUAGUGGGAGAAAAGGACUGGUCUUCUCACUUCUCUCCCCUUUCUCUUGGUCAACUCAGGAGCCUUCCAGUCUAGGGUGAGGAAGGGCCAAGAAGGGAGAAAGGAGAAUGAUAGAAAUGGGAGAGCAGAGACUGCUCCCCAUGCCAGAAAUUCCAUUACGGCCACUGCUUUAGGUCCUAUUAGAAAGCAGAUACUAACACCUCAGCUCAGGCCUUGGUAGGUAUGGGCCUGGCCAAGCAAGAGAGGCCAGUUGAUGCCAAUGGCCAACACAGCCGAGCUGUUUCCAGGGUACACCUGACCAAUCCGUGGUUCCACAGAAACAGGGUUGUCUUCUGAACCCCCAGCGUCUUGUUUAUCUCAGGCUUGUUAUUUCACUCACCUCUAGUAAAUAAUUUUCUUGGGGGCCAAACCCAAAACUCAUUGCUGUUGGGUCGAUUCCGACUCCUAGCAACCCUAUAGGACAGAGUAGAACUGCCCCAUAGGGUUUUCAAGGCUGUAACUCUUUACAGAAGCAGACUGCCACAUCUUUCUCCCUCGGAGUGGCUGGUGGGUUCGAACCACCAACCUUUCAGUUACCAGCCAAGUGCCUUAACCACUGCUCCACCAGGGAUCCUUUUUCUUGGUGGGGGGAGGUAAAUUGCAGUGCUUCCAUUUAUAUUGUCUGAAGAGCAGUUAGGGAAAGGGAGGAAAUCGUAGGACUUGGAAUUCUUUCUCUGGACUAAGCAAGAGAGUUGUUUCCAACCGGGGAUGAUCUUGCCCCAAGGAAUAUUUGGCAAUAUCUGGAGACAUUUUUGAUUGUCACAACUGGGAGUGUGACUGGUAUCUAGAGGGUAGAGGCCAGGGAUGCAGCUAAACAUCCUAUAAUGUACAGGACAGCCGCCACAACACAGAAUUAUCUAGCCCAAAUAGUUCUGAGGUUGAGAAACCCUGGUGUAGAGGAAAGAGCACUGGACCAAGAGUCAAGACCUGUGGUUCUAGCUCUACCACGGUUCCUGCCUCAGUUUGAUUUCCCCUGAGACAAGGAUUUGGGGGCAAGCAGUUUAUUUGGGAAGUGAUCCUAGGAAGUAUAAUGAGGGAGCAGGGAGGUGUCUUAGUUACCUAGUGCUGCCAUAACAAAAAAAAUACCACGAGUGGGUAACAUUAAAGAACAGAAACCUAUUUUAGAGGUGAGAAGUCCAAAUCAGGACACCGGUUCUAGGGGAGGGUCCUUCCUUGUCAAUAGUCACAGGUGUCCCUUAGGAUUCCUUGGCUUAUAGACAGUUCCUUAUAUGAUCUCCUCCCCAUAUGUAUGUCUCUCUCUGUCUCCCUUUAUACAAGACACCACACAGAAGUGAUUAGGUUUAGGACCUGCCCUACUCCAAUAUGGCCUCAUUAACAUAACAAAAGAAACCACUAUUUCCAAACAGGGUCAGGAGUUAGGACUUCAACAUAACUUUUUGAGGAACACAAUUCAAUCCAUAACGGGAAGGAAAACAAAGUCAAAAGCAGUAGAAGAUGUGUUGAGGAGGGAGUUAUCACUGUGGGCACCUAGGGCUUAGUUUUUGGGGGACCCAUUAAUGACCGUAUUGAUUAGACCAUGCCUUCAAGGUGUCCAUCUAGUGUGAAGAAACUGGGUCCUUAUCACUGACUCUGAACCUUGGUUGGGGGCCUGUGAUAGUUUUAUGUGUCAACUUGGCUAGGCUAUAAAUAGCCUCAGUUAUUUAAUCAAACACUAAUCUAGGUGUUACCUGUGAAGAUAUUUUGUAGAUGUGGUUAAUAUCCACAAUCAGUUGACUGGAAGUAAAGAAGAGUACCCUAGAUAGUGUGGGUGGGCCUCAUCCGAUCAGUUGAAAGCUUUAAGUGGAAAAACUGAGGUUUCCCAAAGAAGAAAUUCUGCCUCAAGACUGCAGCAUCAACUCCUGCUUGAGUUUCCAACUUGCUGGCCUGUCCUACAGAUUUCAGACUUGCAGUUCCCACAAUUGCAUAAGCCAAUUAUACUUGAAAUAAAUCUCUUUAUAUCUCCCGUUGAUUCUGUUUCUCUGGAGAACCCUGACUGAUAAAGAGUCCUUACUGUGGCGUUAUUUCUCAAGCUCUCCCAACCUGCCCUAAAGCCCUCAACGAGAGAUGGGGAGCUGUCCGAGGUGUGUCCAGGAAUUAUCUGCAGGUGAACUCCAGGGUGGGCAGGUAGGCAGAGGGGGAUACGGUGGGUACCUAGAGUGUCCUAUACUGUCAAGCAAUGCAACACUGAGCAGCUUAUCACCCUCUCUGGGCAUCACCCUUUCUUUACAAUGAAGAGGUUAGAUUCAGUGUUUUG